UGUCUACUCCGCAUCGCAGCUGCUGAAAUCCUACAAUUCCGACCACAAUUGAGAGGAUACUGUCAAGAUGGCCAUCGCGGACUAUAAGAAGUAUCUGGCUGAAAAUGUCCUCAAUGAGCGACGCACGGUCACCUACCGAUCCAUAGGUCGAGCUCUCCGGGUCCAUAGUACAUUGGCUAAGCAGAUGCUUUACGAUUUUCACCAAACCGAGAACAACAAGAAGCCGAAUAGCGUCAAUGCGACUUACAUUAUCACCGGAGUCCAGAAAUCACCAGAGCUUACCUCUGCAGCAAAUGGGGCUCAAGACAGUUUCUACGAUAACAAUGGAAUCCCACCGAGUAGCCCAUACGUGAGCAGCUCCAUGCCCAACCAGGACGCCGUUACGGAUGAAAUUGCGAUUUCCUCGGUUUUGCUUGUGCGCGAAGAGGACUUGGAGGAUGCCAAGUCGACAUUCCAAUCCAUUUCAUCGAUACACGUCUACAGUCUUCAACCUACCGUGCUUCAAGAUCUCAAUGUCUUGACAGAUGUUGCUGCGGAAAUGGCGGCCAGCCAUGCCCAGGAGGAUCCCUUGGAAUACGGCCAGUCUUGGGGCAUGAUUCAAGGUAACAAUGUCAGGAGAAGAACCGGUGGUCGGCCGCCUGUCCCAGCCGCACCACCAGCGCCACCAAAGGCGACCAUACCGGCGAAGCGUCCUAUAAAGAGUGAAGAACCAACACAGUCAAAAGUAGAACCUGAAGAAAAGGCCCCCAAGGUCGAGGAGACGACCAAACGCGAAGAGACCCCAGCAUCUACCAAGCCCAUUGAAAAGACAGCCCCGCCGAAGCAGAAGGGCAGUAUCUUCAGUUCGUUUGCAAAGGCGAAGCCGAAGCAGAAAAAGGAGGAAUCGGCAACACCAGCUUCUGGUGUCGAAUCGGCCGAACCCAAUGGUGCUGAAGAUCUUGUACUAGGCGACGCAUCGGACGGAGAUGAGGAGCCGGAAGAGCUCUUCCCCGACUCAGGGAAGUCUGCUCACAUUGGCACUCGAGAGUCACGGAAAGAGCGUGAAGAGAAGCUCAGAAAGAUGAUGGAAGAAGAGGAUGAAGACGAAGAAAUGCCCGAUACUGAACCAUCGCCCGAAGAGUCAAAGCCCAUCGACGAACCGCCGCCGAAGCAGGCUGAACUCAAGGAAGAAGUCACGGUUAGAGGCGGCCGUCGCAGAGGCAGGCGCCAAGUCAUGAAGAAGAAGACGGUUAAGGACGAAGAAGGCUACCUUGUGACCGUUGAGGAGCCGAGCUGGGAGUCAUUCUCUGAGGAUGAACCAGCACCGCCGCCCAAGAAGAAGCCGGCUGUGAGUGCGCCCAAGGCUAAGCCGGCAGCGAAGCCAGGACAGGGGAACAUUAUGUCCUUCUUUUCAAAGAAAUGAACUACAUGAACCCUCUUGGACUGUAACUGCUGGGUGGCUGGCGACCAUUUGUCGCCCUUGGACAACGAAAUUAUAAUCAUCAACCUCGAACGUCAUUCAGCAUGCAGCGGUGCAAUACAACCAACUGACAGAGCCUCGAGCAUAAAUUAUCGAUUCGAAUCAAUAGAAAACGCCUUUGUCUGCUCCGUGGCAGAUAUUAAUGUCCUGAAACUUUGGUGAACAUGAACCCCGCGUUCCUUCCCUGUGUACCAGCCUCCUGUAGCUCAGCGGUAGAGCGCCCCACUUACUCUUAAGUCUUAUUCUUAGGGGAGGGCCGCGGUUCGAAUUCGCGCAGAGGCAACAUUCCUUUUUGCCCAUCCCCCAAACUCGACCUCCAUAAGACAGUAAAACAAUCCAGG